AUGGCGACCCUCCAGGUCCGGAAUCCGGACCUCACCAGGACGAAGUUGAAGGCGAUGGAAGAUGCAAGAAAAAUGCAGGCCCUGGUCCAGGACGAAUGCAAGAAGGCUGAGAAGGACGCUCCUCCAUACUUAUUGCAGGAGCUGAUUGGAAAAGGGAGCUUUGGUCGCGUUUACAAGGCAACUGACCUAGGCUCAAAGUCGGUCGUGGCGGUCAAGAUCAUCGACAUUGAAGAGAGUGACACACUCAACCCCAAGCUGGCGGACACGUACAGCGAGUUUAUGAAGGAGAUAACCGCCCUCAAGUUGCUCAGCGACAGCGGCGCAAAGAAUAUCAAUCACAUCCUCGGCGUCCUCCCGGUCGGGCAGGCCAUGUGGAUGGUCACCGAAUACUGCGCAGGAGGAAGUGUGGCUACCCUCAUGAAGCCGACAGCACCGGGUGGCCUACAGGAGAAAUGGAUCAUCCCAAUUCUGCGAGAGGUUGCAGAGGCCAUAUUCUGGGUGCACAAGGAAGGCAUCAUCCACCGCGACAUCAAGUGCGCCAACGUGCUUGUGACCGAGUCAGGGGGGGUGCAGCUCUGCGACUUUGGCGUCGCAGGUGUCAUCGAGACUAAACUCGACAAACGUUCAACCUUCAUCGGGACGCCUCACUGGAUGGCGCCGGAGCUCUUCGACUCGGUGCCGUCGUACAGCACACCGGUUGACAUCUGGGCGCUUGGGUCUCUUGUCUACGAGGUCGCCUCAGGUCUUCCUCCCAACGUCAUGUCGGGGUUUAAUAUCCCCCAGCUUGGCAACUAUAUCAAGAGCCAUGCGCCCCGCCUAGAGGGAGACUCGUACUCGCCAGAAAUUAAGGAUCUCGUGGCCUUCUGUCUGGUCGAGGACCCAGCGAAGCGGCCGACAAUCGAGCAAGUACAGCGCCAUCCCUACAUCUUCAACACGAGCGCUAAAUACCCGACGUCGAUGCUUGCCAAUCUUGUUAAGGGCUACCGAUUGUGGGAAGCACAGGGCGGAAUCCGAAAGUCCCUAUUUGCUCCCGUUGGUGCUCAGGGCCCUUCCGACUACUCGUCCACUGCCAUGGCAAAUGACGAGUGGAACUUCAGUUCAACAGUUGAUUUCGACCGGGUGGUGAUGAAUACCGACGCACAGGCCGUCUAUGAUGUCUAUGGAUCAAACGUCGACUUUGACUUUGCGGAGCAACUCCCUCGACCAGCGAAGCCAAAGUCAAGGCGGCGGCAACCCCCUCAACUGCAGGCCGUAAAGGCUCCUCUUGAGAAGCUCUUUGACCCUAAUACAAUUUCCAACUACGAUGAAAACUCGCGCGCAUACUACGGCAAACCAGCAGCCCCGCCAACCUCUGAUCUUCCAUUGAGGGACGAUUCCCUCCACUCCACCCUCCGAGAGUCGCUGAUCGACCUGGACGCGUCUCUCCAUGGCAGUGGCAAACUUUCUCAGUUCGUCGACAUGGACACCAUCAAGGCGGGCUUGCGAGCUCCGAACGACUCGGCGUCGGAAGAGGUUAUUGAUUUCAACAAGCCGCCGUUGAGCGACCCGGCGGACCAUAACAUCAACCGCCGCACCCAGGACUGGAAAUUCCCAGCCAUGGCCCCUCCCGCUUCAGCCAACCCUGAGAUGUCGCGCUUCCCGUUUCACGAGGAGCGCCCUAGCAUAACCCCUAGCUCAGCUGGCCGACCUGCUCUGAUUCACCACCCUACCGAUCCCCUCGGCUUUCACUCACAGGGUUAUGACCUUAUGCCGCCUAAGCCUCGGGAUAAUCGCGUUUCUGUAGGCAGCUUGAUCGACCUUGACGAGGGUCUGCCGAUGCCAGAGCUCACCCGGCCAUCCACAGCGAACUCGGAUGCGGCCUCGGUCAGCGGGUCGGAUAUUGGAGGAGCGAACCCCUUUGACCUUGAGCGUCAUGCGUCGUUCUACCAACCCAUGCAAUCAACAGGCGGCCGUGAACCAUCUAUCUACAUCUCGGACGAUAGCGACUUUGCUCGCCUGGUCAAGGCGUCAGAGGAGCGACCCGUGAUGCCCGACUUCCCAGCCGUCGAUAGCAGCCGGUCGCAUGAACGUGCAGAUAGCUAUGACGACAGAUACACAGCAAGCGAGUACCUUGACACGGAAUACAUGACCAUGGGCGGACGCCGGUCCCGUUCGCAACCCCGGACGCAGCAACCGGGGCUGCAGCAGCAACAGGAUGUGCAGCAGCGGCAGCGGCCACGGCAGUCGCCCCCUAGAGGCGGCAUGGAUGGCAUCGGGCUGCCAGCCCUUCCAGAGCCCCCUUCAGCGAGGGUGAUGGAGGGGAUGGCAAGUCGUGAGGAAGUGCGUGACGAUUUCAUGCGCCUCCUCUCCAGCUUUUCCGAUCACCUCAACUUUGUGAGCAAACACGUAGCUUCGCUCUCGGUGGUGCAGCAGACAGGCCGGCGAGAAAGCGACCCGCCACCCCCUUAUUCGUCUCGGUAG